AUGGGUCGUCCAGACGAAGAAGAUAGGACCUGUGCAGACAAGGAACCAAUCACUUUUAGAGAAUUUGAUGUUGCAGUUGUUCCAUACUUCAAGGGGAGUGACUGCAUUGAUGGCUUUCUCCAAUGGAUUGUAGGCGUAGAGGAAAUAUCUGAUUCAAUAGCAAUCCCAGAGGAGAAGAUGGUGAAAAUUGUUGCGUCCCAUUUAGAAGACGAUGUCGAUCCUUGGUGGGAUCAGUUGCGACAUUCUAGGAAGCAACAAGAAAUGGUUACAAGAUUGCUCAACCCAAUAUCAUGGUAA